AUGGACAGCAUCGACUUUGUCUUUGCCCAGGUGAUAAGUGGCAUAGACUAUCUCUUCACUGCUGGACAGCUCAGCCAAGAGGCUUAUGAAGUUCUGAUCACCAAUCUGGUUAGGGACACUCAUGUCGGGUCCACUCAGGCUAAGCAGGUCCCAGCGAGGUCGGCGUCGAUCGUGAGCGGCGUAUCUGCGUCGGAUCCUCUGCCUGAGCCGUCGCCAGAACAACGCGCAUCGACCGGAUCCUCUCCUUUCAAUGGCCUCAAUGAGCGAAUCAAAGUCGAGCUCGCCAAGGGCAAGCUGCCGGCAAAGGCAGUCGAGCAAGCACUCGUCUUUGCUCAGCCUUUCGUGACGAAGAAGCAGCGAAAGGCGAUGGUCAAGGCGACGCAGAAACACUCGGGAGCUGUCGUCGAGCGCAUGUGGGACCCAGAGACGCACCAGUGGGUCAAGCAAUCUGUGGGAAAGUUGAAGCCGAAGCGCCAAGCAAGCAAAAGCGCCCAGGCCGAGACGACAGCUCCGUCAGGCUCAACAGGACCGCCGGUCAGACGGCUGCCACCUUUGCCGGCUGACGCCGUCACCGUGCGAGAGGGUGACGAGCUUGAUGAGGAGCAAGAGGAUGACCGCUUGUUCACCUCGACGGACAGCUUCACACCUGUGCCCGGCAUUCAGAUCACGACGACAACGAUGAUACAGCUGUACGACGCAGACGAGACGGACUACGACGAUAGCAAAGCUUCUCCUUCGGUCUAG